AUGGCGUCCCAAGGCUACUUGCCGCAUCAGAUAACCAGCCAUGUGUCCAUCGGCCAAUGCCUAGCAGCUGCGGCUGCACUGAUCAUCGCCUACGGUACAGUCCGAAUUAUCUACAAUCUACACUUCCACCCACUCGCCAAGUACCCCGGGCCAAAGCUUGCUGCCAUCACCGAUGCUUGCAUCACGGGGAAUUACCCAUGGAUAAUCGAGGAUGUUUUUCAAAAAUACGGCGAAGUAGUCCGCAUCGCUCCCAAUGAGCUUGUGUUCCUGAAGCCACAGGCGGCAAAAGAUAUAUACCUGUCACAUGAGAAGAACCUCGAGCUGUUCGUCCAGGUCGGAUAUGAUGCCUUGGACACCGGCGAUGGCGGGAUCGCCGGAGAAACUAACCCCGUUAGACACCGCGAAAUCGCUAAGAAGCUUGCACCAGCCUUUAGCACAAGGAAUUUCAAAGCAAAAGAGACAGCUGUUCACAAGCAGAUAGACCUAUUUGUUCAGAGAAUGAAGCUUGAGGGGACAGGGGGGAAGGGGGCUGAGUUGCAACGCUGGACGGACUGGCUGGCACUGGAUCUGUCUGCAGACAUGACGUAUGGCCUCGCUAUGAACCAGAUGCGUGACAUGAAAGACUCCAUACUCCUCAGCGCAACUCUCAAGCUGAACCUUUUCCUGACUAUGAGUCAAAUCACGAGGAAGUUCCGCCUUCUCAGCCCGCUCAUGUACCUCACCAUCCCGCCAUCUGUGUGGUUCGUGAUGCCGAAACUCAUCAGAAUGAAACACCGAGACGUCAAGGCACGCAUCGAGCGUAGCGGCAAGACCGAGCACCUAGAUUACUUUGAGCAACUCGUUCCAGCUGACAAGCCCUCCCCCGAGGAUGAGAAGUAUAUAUAUCACCUGGAGAAUGUGGCAGGACAACUGCUCCUGGCUGGCUGGCAGCCUCUCGCGAACCAAUUUUACUCCCUGAUAUUCUUCCUCCUCGGGGAGCCUGAAAUUUAUGCGGAGCUGGUAAAGGAAGUGAGGGAGGCCUUUAGACAUUAUGACACCAUCAAUAGCGAGACCACGGCAAAUUUGAAAUAUCUGCAGGCUUGCGCGAAUGAGAGCUUUCGCUUGCACCAAGACACAGUCGAUGGAUUGCCGCGAGUGAGCCCUGGCGCUCUCGUGGAUGGUGCAUACAUCCCCAAGGGCGUGACCUGCCAGAUCAGCUACUUCGCCGCGGCAAGAAGCGCACGCUUCUUUGAAGAACCACUCAAAUUUCGGCCCGAACGGUGGUUGGCGCAAGACCAUCCUCGGUUCGAUCCGAAGUACAAAGAUGAUGACCUCAAGGCCUCCAAACCUUUCAGUCAAGGACCAAGAGGCUGUCCUGGUGGAGCUAUAGCCUCAGCCGUGCUUAGAAUAUUUAUAGCGAAGGUCUUAUGGGAAUUUGACCUAGAAGCGGCGCCAGGUCAAGAUGGGUUGUCCUUCGACAAGGACUUCAAGUUCAUGACGUUCUGGGAAAGGCCACCAUUUUGGGUCUGGUUCAAGCCUUUUCAACAGCGGUGA